UGGCACUUUAAGAAUCCAGCUAUCCAUUUCAUCUGCCCAUUCCCUUAUUUUGUCUUAUUCAAUACACCUUCCCGCAUCACAUCCGGAAAUCUUAUACAUAACGCAGACUAAGACUCGAAUCGCUAACAAACCACCCAGAUACCACAUUUAUCCAUCCAUCAUCCUCUGAAGUAGAGUGAAAGCUUUUUGUGAAGCACCAAAGCCAAGAUUUUCAUCGUCAGUCAUCAGCAUUAGCACAAAAAGAAGCACAGCCGACCCCAACAAUGGCUUCUACCAUCACCCUCCCCGCCGACACGAUCGACGACCUCAUCUACGACGCCCGCUCCGGCGACCUGGCCGCCCUCAAGGAGGACCUGACGGCCAGCAGCGCCCAGUUCCCCGGCGUCUCGCUGGGCGCCCUCGUGGCCGCGGCCAUCGACGCGGCCCCGGAAGCCGAGGGAGGCAGCGGAUCCAGCCUGUUGCAUUUCCCGGCCGCGAAUGGGAAUAUCGAGAUCCUAAACUACCUCCUCACCCUCCUCGCGACGGAGGACGAGUCCACGCGCCGCCGCAUCGUCAACCACCGCAACCACUCCGGCAACACGCCGCUGCACUGGGCGGCGCUGAACACGCACCUGGACUGCGUCAAGGCGCUCGUCGAGGCCGGCGCCGACAGCUCUGUCAAGAACGCCGCCGGGCUUGAUCCCGUCUUCCUGGCUGAGCGCGCGGACUGGUCGACGCAGGAGGAUGGUGCGGGUGCUGCUGAAACUGAGGCUGAGGCCGACCCCAAUGCGGCGGCGGACCCCGGUACCAUGUCCAAGGGACGACAGGUCGUGGAGUGGAUGUUGAGCGCCGAGGUGGCGGCGGCCGGCGGGGAUUCGGAGACGGUGGUGGCUUCGGCUGGGGUGCCGGUUACUGGGGAUGGGGAUGAGUAGAAACAAUUCGAAGAAUUGUUCGGUGACCUUCUUCUCAUGAAAUGCUUACAUGAUGUUGUAUUUGAUUCUUUUGUAUGGUUAAUCCUAGGGUCCUUUGUUUGUUCAUGUUGUAUAGAAUUCUUUUUUUUUGUGGUAUCAUAAGUUUUAUACAGUGGGCAAAAAUGUUCAUUUCG